ACAGUUCUAGCCUUAUUACUUGGAGCUCAUUGAUGAGUUCUUCCCUCAGAAGAUCAUCAAGUGGUAGAUAGUGCGGGAAAGUAGAACAAAGCGGACACAAUGAAGCGGACGCCCCGGAAGCGGACUCGGGGUAGGUGUGCGAUACAUCCGGCAGUAUCAGACCUGAUAGAGAGGACAAAAGGCACACGAGUGGCAACUACAAGCCCUCCCGCUCUGAGCAAUAAUUUGUUGGCUUCUUUGUGUGCUGGAUUAACGAGAGGUUCCUUUCUCAGUUUUGUAGAACAAAGAGACUCGGUGAUGCCGUUUGGCUGCGUCCCCGGAGUAUAUCAACCACUCAUCAACUUGGCUGGUUUAUUUCUUGAAACGCAGCUCAAAGUGUGUAAAAUAACUCGCCCAGGCCAGCCGUCAACAUGAAACUGCAACCUAAUCACCCCCUCGACAACUUCGACCUCGUCGGUAGCAGUUCUGCGGAUCGGUUCGAACCCGAUGGCAGCGGGGAGCGAAUGAUGGUAGACGCGUACGUCUGGUUCGACUGGGACUCAUACCGAUGGCUGGAUGUCCUGCACAAAAGAGAAGACGAGACGGACUGGUGGGAUCUCGAGGACAGGGUGCAACUGGAAUAUCUCGGCGGCACUACGCGAGUGCUGCGUUCGCUGGUCGACACCCUGCCACCCGACGUGCUGGCGCUUGAUAUCGGCCCCUCGGGGGAGGUCGAAUGGACGUCAACGGCUGACGAGUACAACGGUGCAUGGUGUACCUACUACCCCUCGGUGGAGGAAUACGGGCUCCCAUCUUCGAGUAGCCUGCCCGUGUUGCUCCGCUCCGACCUGACCGAGCUUGACCGUGUCGAUGGCACAGUCACCAAGGUUUCCUAUCGCUGUCCUACUUCUGGGCAAGAAAAGGUUGGCGCCUUCAAGGCCAUAGCCAACUGCCCCCCCUACGGCGGUGUCUGGGACGAGAUCCAGAUCAUGGCGCGGUUGCCGCCCCAUCCACUCAUCCUUCCCAUCGACUCGCUCGUUCUGGAGGAGCUCACGGGGCUCGGGGUCGUUGGCUUCACCACCCCGUUCGUCUCGGCCCCCUCGCUCGACGAACCGCUCUCGGGGCCGUUUAAGCUACGCUGGCUUCGAGAGUUGAUGGGCCUUGUAGACGAGCUCAACCUGAAGUACGGCGUCGUGCACCAGAGUAUUUUCGCCCAGAACCUCUUAAUCAACCCAGACACCGACUCCAUCUUGCUCUUCGACUUCAACGCAGCCGCAAAGAUUGGGGAGGCACCGGCUGGUAUGAAGGGGCCUCACAACAACUACGAGCAACCCGAACUAAACGACAUCAAGGGCGUGGCCUUCAGCCUCUACUGCAUCAUCACCCGGGACCCCGAGUACCUAUCCGCCCGGUUCGACCGCAUCCGAGAUGACGAAUUCGACGACUUGGCCAAAUGGACGCAACACCCGCAAGUCACUCUCGACGCCGACCUCUCCAACUUCCACAGCGAGCUCUCCGCAUGGAUGCGCAAGCGCCGCUCGACACCACCCCAACAACAACAACAACAACAACAACAACAACAACAACAACAACAACAACAACAACAACAACGACCCCUACAGCAAAUCAACUACCCCUCCCCGCCCUCCCCACCAUCCGACAUCAUCCAACCGCCAACCCCCCAACCCAAGCACGCGCGCGAGUGGGACGCCAUCAGCACCCACGAACCCAUCGGCUCGCGCCUCAGGGCCGGCCGUCCCGUCCUCAACUGGCAGCGCCCGGCGCGGGACGGGGUCGACAAGGGCCGGCGGCUGCUGGCCACGGGGCGGUAUGCGGACGAGCAGGCUGAGGUCGAGAAGGGGAUGGCGCCGAUUGCGGUGCCGGAUUUGAAGAGGAGGUUUCCACAGCCGCCGCCGCCGCCGCCGGGGAGGGUGACGAGGGCAAGGGCGAGGAGGGUUGGGGGUGUUGAUGCUGGUGUUGGUCCGAGUCGUGUUUCAGAGGUGGGGGAGAGGAAGUGGUAGUGGAAUUCGGGUUUUGGGGGUGGAUUGUUGAAUUCCAUAUGGUGUCUACUGUAUUGUUUGUCCUGUGAUCGUGUGGUCGUUUCCGAGUUAUCAAAAGCCAGCUGGUUCCUCGAGUUGAAUAUAUCAUGAUAAUAUGGCCGAGUCAGUUCAGGUUUUACCUUGCGCGAGCCGGCGGCGCAAAUCUAAGCUUCCAAUUUUGUAUUUUUACACAAUUAUCUUGCAUGCCUAACAAUACAGUGAAAAUGGUGAGAAAGUGAUCUUGUGAGGCAGGCGCGUAACUGCAGGUGCGGUGUG